GGGAUAAGGACAGCAUCGCCUGGAGCCAUGGCCAGCAGCACAUUAAGCCCCACUACCAAGGCUGAAAAUCCAGAACUGCCUGCAUUGUCAGGGCGCAUCCAAAAUGCUGCGGAUAUCUCUGUCAUUGUUGUCUAUUUCAUUGUGGUGAUGGCUGUUGGGCUGUGGGCGAUGCUGAAGACCAACCGAGGAACUGUUGGAGGCUUUUUCCUGGCUGGUCGAGAUAUGUCCUGGUGGCCGAUGGGUGCCUCUCUCUUUGCCAGUAACAUUGGCAGUGACCACUUUGUGGGCCUGGCUGGGUCAGCAGCAGCUUCAGGAAUUGCUGUUGUAGUAGAUGAAUGGAAUGCCAUGUAUAUGGUAUUGGUUCUAGGGUGGAUCUUUGUCCCCAUCUACAUCAAGGGAGGGGUGAUGACCAUGCCGGAAUAUCUCAAGAAGCGAUUUGGAGGGAAGAGACUCCAGAUCUACCUCUCUGUCUUGUCACUCUUCAUCUUUGUGGCUGUGAGAAUCUCUACAAGUAUAUUUUCUGGAGCCAUAUUCAUCCAGCUGGCCUUGGGAUUGGAUAUUUACCUGGCAAUCUUUAUCCUCUUGGCUGUCACUGCUGUUUACACAAUAACUGGGGGCUUGGCCUCAGUGAUUUACACAGACACCCUCCAGGCUAUCAUCAUGUUGGUUGGAUCUUUUAUUCUCAUGGGGUUUGCUUUUGCUGAAGUUGGAGGCUACGACAGCUUUACAGAGAAGUACAUGAAUGCCAUCCCAUCUGUGAUCGAGGGGGAUAACCUGACAAUCAGCCCCCAGUGCUACACUCCCCAGGCGGAUGCAUUUCACAUUUUCCGAGAUGCUAUCACUGGGGAUAUUCCAUGGCCAGGACUGAUGAUUGGAAUGAAUAUCUUAGCUGUGUGGUUCUGGUGCACAGAUCAGAUUAUGGUACAACGCUGCCUGUGCGGCAAGAACAUGUCUCACGUGAAGGCUGCCUGCAUCAUGUGUGGCUAUUUGAAGAUUCUGCCCAUAUUCUUCAUGGUGAUGCCAGGAAUGAUCAGUCGUAUCCUAUAUACAGAUAUAGUUGCCUGUGUUGUACCUUCUGAAUGUGUGAAGCACUGUGGUGUUGAAGUCGGCUGCACUAACUAUGCCUACCCAAUGCUGGUGCUGGUACUGAUGCCUGCUGGACUAAGAGGUCUGAUGCUGUCUGUCAUGCUGGCCUCUCUCAUGAGCUCCUUGACAUCCAUCUUCAAUAGUGCCAGCACUCUCUUCUCCAUUGACAUCUAUACCAAUAUUCGAAAGCAGGCAUCAGAGAAAGAGCUCCUGAUAGUUGGACGGAUAUUUGUCAUCAUAUUACUUGUCAUCAGCAUUGCAUGGGUUCCAUUAGUACAAGUAUCUCAAAAAGGACAGCUGUUCCAUUACCUAUCAUCAAUUUCCAGCUACCUUGGGCCUCCAAUUGCAGCUGUCUUCCUGCUUGCCAUCUUUUGUAAAAGAGUCAACGAACAAGGAGCAUUCUGGGGUCUAAUAAUUGGACUUGUGAUAGGCCUUAUUCGUAUGAUCGCAGAGUUUGCCUAUGGAACAGGGACCUGCUUGGUUGCCAGUGACUGUCCCAAGAUCAUCUGUGGAGUGCACUAUAUGUAUUUUUCCAUCAUUCUCUUCUGCUCAUCCUUACUGGCCAUCCUGGGGAUUUCCUUUCUAACGAAACCCAUUCCUGAUGUACAUUUGUAUCGCCUGUGCUGGGCUCUUCGGAACAGUACAGAGGAACGAAUUGAUUUAGAUGCAGAAGAAAUAAGGCAUGAAGAAUCUGACACUGAGGAGGAAGAUCAUCCUGAGCAAUCCCGUGGAUGUCUCAGGAAGACAUAUGACUUAUUCUGUGGUUUGCAGAAGGCAGGGCCCAAACUGACCAAAGAGGAGGAAGAAGCCUUAAAGAGGAAAUUGACAGACACAUCAGAGAAGCCCUUGUGGAGGACUGUACUGAACAUUAAUGCCAUCCUCCUGCUAGCUGCAGCGGUCUUUAUCCAUGGUUAUUUUGCCUGA